GUUACGGAGUCUUCACCGAGGUUGAGCUAUUGUCGUCUUCUAACAGCAACAACGAACCAGUUUAGAUUUCAAAUGCCACUUCGAAUCUGACACCUGGUCUUCCAGAACAAGGCCACUUUCUAAUCGUGUCAACUGUCAACCGUAGCGUGGAGUCUACAACAAGCCAUUUCUCUUCUUCCAAAAAAUCAUUCACAAAGACUCAUUCCUCUCGCCGGCAACGUCAACGGCUAGCUAACCACGACGUACCACAACCUCCGGUGUCCGUUAAUGCACUGUAUCGAUUAUCAAACCACCUUUCUCUCAUUUUCUAGAAGUCCUUUCUUUCCUGGUAUAGCUUGUAGAGUCCUUUGCUUGCUUUCCCAUUAAGGAAUCCCAUUCGUCUUCUCCUUCCUCCCCCUCCUCAGUUUUUCUCUCUUUAAAACUCUUCCCGUCUCUAAAAAUCCAGUCUUUACAAAGUCUUUGACAUCCCAAUUCGCAGCGGAUUGCUAUGCUCUAGCGAUCACAGUGGGGAUUUUAGUUGGACUUGGUCGAGAGAUUGAGCCUAGUCAUGGAUUGGACCACUCUUUUUAUGAAGAUGGAUGCCUCAGUUGAUUCAAUAACUCUAUUCGUGGUGCUUCUUUGCUUUUGCAUUGUGAUUGGUCAUCUUCUGGAGAAGAGUCGAUGGAUGACUGAAUCUGUUACUGCUCUUUUCAUUGGUCUUUGUACUGGGAUCUUUAUUCUAGUAACAACCAAGGGGAAAAGCUCACACCCCUUUGUAUUUGAUGAACAUCUUUUCUUCAUAUAUCUUCUGCCGCCUAUUAUAUUUAAUGCCGGAUUCCAAGUGAAAAAGAAGCAGUUUUUUCAGAACUUUAUCACAAUCUCCUUGUUGGGUGCUGUUGGCUGUUUGAUAUCCUUUGUGAUUAUAUGGCUGGGUGCGACGCUUAUGUUCAGAAAUUUGGACAUUGGUUUUCUUGAUCUCAAGGAUUAUCUUGCACUUGGAGCUAUCUUCUCGGCUACAGACACUGUUUGCACUCUCCAAGUGCUUAAUCAAGAUGAGACACCUUUACUGUACAGUCUAGUCUUUGGAGAAGGUGUUGUGAAUGAUGCUACAUCUGUGGUACUCUUCAAUGCAAUCCAGCGGUUUGAUCUCUCCCACAUCACCUCAACCGUUGCCAUGGGGCUCUUUGGCAACUUCAUCUAUCUGUUUAUAACAAGCACAGUGCUUGGUAUAGUUGUUGGAUUGCUCACUGCAUAUGUCAUAAAGAAAUUGUAUCUUGGCAGGCACUCUACUGAUCGUGAAGUUGCACUGAUGAUUCUGAUGGCUUAUCUUUCAUACAUGGUGGCAGAACUAUUCGAUCUAAGCGGCAUUCUUACUGUUUUCUUUUGUGGAAUUGUCAUGUCACACUACACCUGGCAUAAUGUGACUGAAAAAUCAAGAGUUACAACCAAGCAUGGGUUCGCAACACUGUCAUUUAUUUCAGAGAUUUUUAUCUUUCUAUAUGUUGGUAUGGAUGCCUUGGACAUCGAGAAGUGGAAAUUUGUAAGCAAGAGUCCUGGGAAAUCAAUCGGUGUCAGUUCGAUACUACUUGUCCUGGUUCUGGUUGGAAGAGCAGCUUCUGUAUUUCCUCUAUGUUUCCUUUCAAACUUAACUAGGAAAUCUCAGAAUGAAAAAAUUGGGUUUAAGCAGCAGGUAACAGUAUGGUGGGCUGGACUCAUGCGAGGUGCAGUAUCUGUGGCUCUAGCUUAUAAUUGGUUUACAAUGUCGGGGCGCACCCAACAGCCUGGAAAUGCUAUUAUGAUCACCAGUACAAUUACAGUAGUUCUCUUCACUAAUGUGGUAUGCGGAUUACUGACAAAGCCUCUUGUAAGGUUCUUGCUACCACAACAUAAACAAUCGAGUAACACAAUGUUGCCAGAAAUAUCAUCUGAGAUGUCUCUGGUUCUACCAAUCCUGACUAACAGGGACGAUCCAAAACAGGACAGCAUGUCUGGGAGUGAUAACACUCCUCGUCCUAAUCUGCGUAUGCUCUUGACAAGACCAACUCCUUCGGUACAUUACUAUUGGCGUAUGUUUGAUGAUACCGUCAUGCGUCCUAUAUUUGGGGGUAGAGGAUUUGUUCCACAUAUUCCUUCACCGGAGCAAAAUUCUCUUCAUGAACGGUUACUUCCGGAACAGGACAUAGUAGAGUAAUAUAUAACAAUAGCUGCAACUUACAAGUGGAAAUAGCAUAACCUUACAAGUGCUGAUAGUCAAGCUUCUUGUGUGCCUUGCACUUUUAGAUGUAUACAUUUUGGUAAAGUUUUCUGUAAAUGGUUGGAAACUGAAAUUAUAAAAUCGCCUCUAGACCUCAUCACCAG